AUGUCUAAGCUGUGGAAUGCUGUCAUCGCACCCAGAGUUCAAGAAGCAGUAUUAUCGAGAGCCUCUGUGAAAAAACAACCUGGCCUUGUGCAAACAGCUGCUCAGAAGCACCUUAGCCGAGGACAGCACACGGUGGUGAACACUGCUCUCAGCAUCUUGCUCAAUGAAGCUGUUCUGCACGGCUGUCCCCUCCAGAGAGCAGAGCUACUCCAACAUGCAGUUGAUUUCAAAGGAGGAGGUUUCCCUCUGUUCCUAGUUUCAAGUUACAACAGUUAUAGCCAGAAGAACGGAGAGAGAGGUACCUGGAGAAAGGUGAGCACCCGUCCUCACAAAAGUCCAGCUGAUUCUCUGCAGCCACCUGGCAGAAGCCAGUCCUGA